GAAGAGUGAUGGACGUCGAGCGGGUCCGAAGUGGACCACGUGGGGGGAGGGGGCGUGGUUUGGAGGCAGAACUCGGGAGCGAGCGCGUCGGUUCUCUUUGGGCCGGCAGAGGAAGCGAGGAGGGCCGCCGAGUCCUGAUGGUGUUGACUGGAAGAAGAAGAAGAAGAAGAAGUCCACAGCAGACGCUCCCGUGACGUCAUCUAAGAUGCACAGCACGCAGAAGGACACCACGUACACCAAGAUCUUCGUGGGGGGUCUGCCCUACCACACCACGGACUCCAGCCUCCGGAAGUACUUCGAGGUGUUCGGGGAGAUCGAGGAGGCCGUGGUCAUCACCGACCGCCAGACCGGGAAGUCCCGAGGAUACGGAUUUGUGACCAUGGCUGAGCGCUCGUGUGCCGAGCGAGCCUGCAAGGAUCCUAACCCCAUCAUCGACGGCCGCAAGGCAAACGUCAACCUGGCCUACUUGGGAGCCAAGCCCCGCGUCAUGCAGCCAGGUUUCACUUUCGGAGUCCCGCAGAUUCACCCUGCGUUCAUCCAAAGGCCUUAUGGCAUCCCGGCCCACUACGUGUACCCCCAGGCCUUCGUGCAGCCCAGCGUGGUCAUCCCCCACGUGCAGCCAGCCGCCGCCCCUCCCGCCGCCUCCUCGCCUUACAUCGACUACACGGGAGCGGCCUACGCGCAGUACUCCGCCGCCGCCGUUAGCGCCGCGGCGGCGGCGGCGGCAGCGUACGAGCAGUAUCCAUACGCGGCCUCCCCCGCCCCCGCCGGCUACGUGGCCACCGCCGGCUACGGCUACGCGCUCCAGCAGCCCCUGGCCGCCGCCGCCGCCCCGGGCGCAGCCGCCGCCUUCGGCCAGUUCCAGCCGCAGCAACUUCAAGCCGACCGCAUGCAAUAGCGGGAUGCUGAUUGGUCGGCUGAGAAGCAGGAAGUAGACGACGACGUAGCGGCCAAAAAAGAAGCAAAAAGUGCUUUUGUCAUCAUUGAUAAUCAGGGAAAUGUUUGACGUCUGUCAGGAGCCUUCCAUCGAUGCUGACCCCGUUGACUCCGCCCCUUGACCCCCCCGCCCCCCCCAGCCUCCUUUGUCCUCCUGACCGACGCAAAGCAAGCAAAUAAACAAAAGAAGAACACAAAGAGGAAGCUGUGUUGUUGUGCUGGGAGGAGGGGCAGGGGGCGGGGCUAGUCGGGGUGUGGGUCGGACCGUGCCCCCCCCCGCCAGAACCCCCCGCCCCCCUCCAACGCCACACAGACGGAUCACUCUGGAAGGUCGUUUGUUGACUUGUCACAUUUUAAUCCCAAGUUUACAGUCCGACAUGGAGCCCCACCCCCACCCCCCCACACCGCCCCACACACACACCCCUGCACCCCUUUG